AUGGCUGAUCAACAAACAAACACUGGUCAGUCAAACUUCACACAAGUUGUUAGCUUGUUGAGACAAGCGGAAUCUUUGCUUUCAAGUGUAUCUAAUAGUGAUAACACAGUACCUAAUAAUACAAAUGCAUCAUUAAGGCACCUAACAGUUCAACCGUGACAGAGAAUUCGAAUGUGGAUAGUGUGCCAUCAGUCGCGACAACGUCGACAAGUUCUGAUAGAUCCUUGGCGAACUUUCGCUCGCUUUUUUCCAGUUACAAUCGUGGGUCAUUUCGGCAAAAUUCAUCUCGUGCGUCUUCGGCUCCACCGCCAAAACGAAAACGAACACUUUCUCAGUUUGUACCCAAAGAUACGUGGAUCCUUGAAUUGUUUUGUUUGGCUGAUCGCCAUCAAAACUAUCAACCAACUCGAGGACGAAAAUGUGACCUUCAGCUUGCUGGGUUAGGAAAAAAAAAAAUAGUUUUUAAAAAAGAUGGUAGUGCAUCUGCUUUUGUGGGCAAACUCAAAGAAUAUUUUCCGAAGCUUCAGAAUUGUGGUGGCUUCGAAAUCCUUCGCAGCGGAGCUAGCAAUAAAGAUUUGGUUGUAAUACAUCCACCGCCAUCUGGUUACUCUGUGCCCUUUUUGAGAGAGGCAUCCGGAUUAGGCCAAGCACUGGCAUACAUCAGACCAAUUCAGUCCUCUCUUAAUAUGGAUCAAGUACAACCAAACUCGAGUCAGGUACUCUUAGCAUAA